AUGGGUUCAAGCAAAGGCGAACCCACUGACCCAGAAUUGAGAGAGAAAGUCAAGGAGGAAGUCAAGGGCGAAGAGAAAGGUGGUGGUAAGGGACAAUGGUCUGCUUGGAAAGCAGGAGAGAUGGCCCGCCGAUAUGAGGCUCAGGGCGGCGACUAUAAAGAUACCGGAGACAACAAGAAUAAAGCGCAGAAAGGAGAACCAGAGAAGAAGUAG